AGUACAAUAGAGUUUUCGGUUCACAAGGUCAGCUGUUAACCGGUUAAUAGUGUCAUUACUUCAAGUGGCCUGCAUUGUUAACUGGUGUUGUCCUCUCUCAGGAAUAUAGACGUGCCAGUGCCAGCUACACAAACGUCAGACCCCAGAUCUUAAGAAAAUACUGAUAAAAAGCUAUUUAUAAUUAUUUCUUUACAUGUCCAUGGCCAGUAAUAAAAAUAAAAAACAAAAAUUGUAAUUGUGAAACAAUAUGUACGUGGAAAUUCCAAAGUUUGAAAGAUGUUGUUGUUGUGUGCCUCUACGUUGUGGGAUUCUCAUUUUAGGAUAUUUAAGCUUGGGUUUCGCUUUAUUUGCCGUCAGCCUGGACGUAUAUUUCAGCGAAGGCUUCGAUCUGUCUACGCACACGUUCGGCUUCUACCGAGGCACCUCUUUCAUCGCUGAACGAUGGCUCUUCUUUGUCAUGUACUGUGUGGAGAUCGCCUUUAUCGUGGUUUUGCUGAUUGGGAUUCAUACGAGAAACUCACGGCUAAUGCUGGUAUACUACUACUAUGGGAUCACUACAACUCUGGCGUCGUUGGUUACAUUUAUGUUCGUGAACGUCCAGGAGUUCCAUACCCACAUACCCCUGUACUUGAUAGACAUCACCAUUAUCUUCAGUGCUAUAGUGACUCAGGCAUACCUGCUUUUACUAAUUCGCAGCGAGCUAGAAAAACCGCGUGAGUCCCUUCGGUUCGUCAACCACCUCGCUGAGGUUUGCGUGCAACAACCGGCAACCAACGGCCUAAAUCCUUUAUAA